AUGAGUCGGUCAGGUCAGCCACCGGAUCUGAAGAAGUAAGCUCCUGCGCUGCCCUUUCUCUUUUCUUCGUAGCUCCGUUUUUCAGUUUCUUUCCCUGUCUUGUCGUUGUUUCUAAGCCACUUCUGUUCGUCUCGCGUUGUAAACAGGUAUAUGGACAAGCAACUCCAGAGUAAGUCUCAUUUGCCUGGCUCCCUCGUGAUUUUCAGUUUGCUCGAGUUCUACUGACAACUUUUGAUUCCACCGUUUUAUAUGCUCUAGGCUAUCUCAUAUAAAUAUCAUUGCAGGGAAAUUUUUCCAUUUACUUUAUUUUAUUGACUUGACUCCCACGCGUGCAUCGUCUUUCAUUAUGUGACGAGUUUUCUUUUUAUAACUUGUUGGAUUUCAUUGAAUCAGAUAUAUCGUUUCCUUUGCUAUCCCAUUCUUCACUAUUUAGGUACUUUUUUCUUGUUGAAACAUGUUUCCGCCAAGAACACAGUUCAGAUCUCAGAUAUUAUUUGGACAUGCGUAUCUCUCCAAUCACUCUCUCUGCAUUCAAUUAUAUGUUAGGUGUAUGAUCGUUUCCCAUCAAUUAAAAGUUUGCCUUUUUGUUGCAUUCUAUAAAAUUCUGCCAAAUAUAAAUAAAGAAAAAAAUUCUCACUCAUUCGUAGUUUCUUUAAAUUUUUCAUGUGGUGUGAUAUCACCUCGCAAAAGCAUUCUACAGAACCGAAUGUCGAGCAAAAUAUAAUUUUAAAGGUGAAAAUGAUGAUAUAAUGAGUACGUCUCUAAAGAACUGUUAACUGCAAGAUAAGCGAAUGUUGAAAGAGGAUCGACAUAUUUGUGCUUCAGUGGUUGUCUAUGGACCUUAACUUAUAAUGUGCUUUCAGUAGGAUAUUAAAAAAUAAUGAAGGAAUGGCAUUUAUGCCUGAGGAUGUGGUGAUUAUCCCAUGUAUAUCCUGGAAGUGGGCAGCAUAAUCAGAGAUUGGAGAGGUCCUACAAGAAAUUUCUGAAAUGGGUCUAAGAUGAUCGUUGUAGUUAUUUCAUGAUUCGGCAUGUUGGAUAUCAAAAUCAAAUGUAUUCCUUGAGUUGAUGAAACAGUUGAAUCAUCGAUAUCAUGACUUGAUAGAAUGGUUGGCAAGUGGUGUUUUGAGUCUCAUGUUUGAAAGAUUGUUAAUUAAUUUUCAAUGCACCAAAAAAAAACAUUGUCUCAGAAAAUGGCCUGUGUGCAUGAAUUAAUGUGACUAGUCAACUGGCUAUGAUGGGGUUGACUGUCCUUGUAUUUCCACGUGUGACUGUUAUUGGGGCUUCAACAUGAGUACAGGUUAUAAUUUCAUUCUUUGAUGAACUUUGGCUAACAUUCUGUCACUUGAACUCGGUAUUGUUAUUUGAAGUCGGUAAUUGAUCCGUUUAUUUCUCACAUAUACUAGGAAUUUAGAUCAUAGCAUUUGCAAGACUGAAUCAAAACAUUCACGAAAUAUCGUUUUUUUUUUCCUCAUCAAAUUGAGGACACAUGACAAGGUUCUAGACAGUACCUUGGUACGAUUUUGUCAUUGCGUACUCCUAUUACUUUAAAUCUUUUCCCAAAAAAGUGAUCUAUUAAAAGGAUGAUGAAAUGGCUUCACUUUGUGCUAUUUUUGUCGAUCUUACAUGCUAGUUGACCAUGCUUCUGGAUGUGAAAUUGAGUAAUCCCAUGAGCAUAGCAUUGCAUGGUAAAUAAUAAAGUCACUUUGGUUAAAAGGGUCUGGGUUCAAUUUGAAACGUCUGAACUUGCUGAGAUCCCCUCAUGUAAAGCUUUUAUUUUUUGUAUGUUAUGGUCCACAGCCAUGGGUUGAGUCAUGCUUUGAUCCUUGCGUUUUUCAAAGAAUCAGGUGGAACGUGUGUCAUUCAUGGAGUCUUAUUAUGCAGAUUUCUGUGUAAUUAUUUUAGAAAUGAUUUGUGUUAAUCCAGCGUAUCCUUAUGCUUGAUUGUACUAUAAUCCGUGUCACAUUCACAGUCUUUUUCUAGUACUUCUCGUCAUUAAUAACAAUUUCCCUCCAACAGAAAUUGGGGAAUGAUGAUGAACAACUAUAAAAGCCCCUUAAGGAGAAAGAAAAAAACGUUAAAGGUUACAUUUUUGGACUUGUAUCUGAGGGUCAUCGUGGGAAACCCUAAUUUUAACGCAUUCAAAGAAGUCUAGCGCCCCGUCUUAUUCAAAGGAGCCUAGACUUGGGCCUACUUCAACGAUCACAGGCUUGGCUCCAUUCCAAAGGAGACCAAGCUCAAUCCCAUUACAAAAAACGUACCUGUGCUGAUUCCCAUAAGACCAGGCCCAGGCUAUUACAAGUCUAUGACCAGACCCAUUACAAGGACCAGGCCUGUCAUGAAAGGCCUAAAUUUGGGGAAGUUAAGUCCAUUGAUUAAAAUCCAAGAAGACAUAAUAUGGGCCUUCAGCCUGACAAUCAAAGAUCUGGUUAGCACUUAUAUGAUCCUAAGUCUUGUUGCGAAGAUCUUUGGUAAACCUUGAGUCGUGUGACACCUGAUGUCUAUUGGUCAAAUCUAGUAAGAACUGAUGUGAGCCUUGUGUUACGUCUCAUAUGGACCUUGUAUCUAAUGGUGAAGUUCAAUACAAAUGGACUUUGGAGAUCCUCCGUGGACCUUGUGUCUAGGUGUCUAACUGAAUUCAGAUGGGCCUCAAAACCCGUGAACCAAUAUAUUGGGUGUGGUGAUCUAAAUCACUCCAAUCCUAAAGGGGUUUAAACCAUGUGGUCUAAAUCAGCCCACUAAAUGUAUUUCAUCCCAUGGAUUAUUGAUUGGUUAUUUUUGUGUUGAGUCAUGUGUUUCAUUAUGUAAACCAUUUAAUGGGAUUCAAUUAAUAGAUCAUCAUAGAGACCUUUGUCUCCUGCAUUCAUCUUGUAGACCAAAUAACCUGACCCAGGAUGUUAAAUCGGUUUUCAUUCCUAUCAGUUACGAUAUGGACUUCAUUUAUAAACUCUCAAAUGGGCUUAAGUAUAAAUCUUUAAUUAGUAUGCAGUAAUAAGAAUAUUGACUAAAUAUGAAGGAAUCAAAUCUCAACAAUAAUAUUGAUGACAUUUGGAAAAAAAAGACGAUUAAAAAAUACAAAGCAUUUAAAACAGUAGGAAAGCCCAUACACAAUCUUUAGAAAGAAUAAAAUAAAAAAUGCUGAAUAUAUUCUAAGAAAUAUACAUUUAUGUUAUAAAUAAAUCAAUAUAAAAUAGGUACGGAUUAAAUAAAAAAUUUAUAAUUAGUUUGAUGAAAUAAAUAUUAAAUUGAUAAUAAUAAUAAACACAUGAAAGUAGUCACCUAAACACCAAAGUACCACCAUUUCGCUUGGCUUUUCUUUGAGGUAUCAUUUUACACAUAGGUCGUCAAGGCCAGUUUUUUCGUUGGAGGAAUCCAGUAAAUUGUAUGUUAUGUAAUUUAUUUUGAAAACUAUUUUCCAAUUAAUGUUGUUUGAUAUUCACGAAUGAUUUGCCAAGCAAACGAAGAUCCAAAAAGAUUUAGGAAAUUGAUUCUCGAUUAGAAGUUUGAAUGAUAUCAGUCUUAGGUGCCAUAAUUUAGUGCCUAACCAGUGAGAUAGUAGUCCACCACCUUGCUCGUCUGAAGAGCUAUAGAUAAAUCCAGGAUCUUUCUUCUCUAGAAUUUAGAGGCCUGUAAAAUCCGGGCUGUAGUUAUAUGGAUCUUGCCUUCUGAACAGAUUUCGGCGUACCUAGAAUCUGAAAAUGAACAACUGUUGGCUUCUCUACUCCAUCCAGAUGGCAGUAUAUAUGCUAACUCCAAUUGUAGCAUAUAUAAUCAUGCCAUCAUAUUUUUCAUUUGUGUCAUCUCCUAGAAUGUUCCUGUUUAUGUUUCCGCAGACUUAUCAUAAUAUUUGAUGCGACUUGCAGUCAAGCUGAACGCAAACCGAACUGUUGUGGGCACCCUACGUGGGUUUGACCAGUUCAUGAAUCUGGUGCUGGACAACACCUUGGAGAUGAACGGAAAUGAGAGGAACGACAUAGGAAUGGUGGUAAGUUUCGGAUGCCCCAUAUCCCAAAACUCGCAACCACACCUGUUUCAAUUCAGUUCUCUCCUACCAUUUUCUUCGGUCUCAUCUGCCCAAUUCGCCUCCUCUCGUCAUGUUUCCACCCAUUUCAAUCCGAGUGAUGCAUUUAUUCCCUUCGCAGGUCAUCAGAGGUAACAGCGUCGUCCUGAUUGAAGCCCUCGAGCCUGUUAGUAGACCUCAGUAG